UGGAAACCUCGAAGUGAUGGUUUCUCAAGCUCAGCAAUGGCGAUGCUCUGUUCGUUUGGGAGGAUCUUUCUCGUUCGCCCGGCGGCGGCGAUCCCUCUUCGGUUCUACUGCGCUUCUUCUCCCUCGAAUUCCAAAUUAUUUGUUGGAGGGCUUUCGUGGACGGUGGACGAGAAAUCCCUCCAUGAUGCUUUCUCUUCUUUCGGUGAAGUCACUGAAGUGAGAAUAAUGUAUGAUAAGGGCUCCGGAAGGUCAAGAGGUUUCGGCUUUGUCUAUUUUGCUACUGCUUAUGAAGCUAAAUGUGCUAAAGAAGCCAUGGAUGGGAAGGCAUUCUUAGGUCGGCCUCUUCGGAUUAGUUUUGCUCUUGAGAAAGUUCGAGGUGCACCAGUUGUCGUGCCUCGUCUGCUGAAUUCAGAAGAGUCCCGGAAUUGAAAUUUGCUCCAUCAAGUGACGAAGAUUCCAACUACAAUCUUCACAGAAAAGUUUGCACAAUAUUUAACCAGAUUAAGGACUAUAAUUUGGAAGUCACAGCCAAAGGGGCUGUCUGCUGUGGCGUAUGGGAAAUUUUGGAGCUCACUCUGCAUUGAAAUUUUAAUAAUUUUGAUUUUCUUUACCUCUAUUUGCUAUCUUUAUUUUGUUGGAUUUUAUUUAUAAUAUAUAUGUAAACUUACAUGCUUCCAUCUGUUCCAUACAACUGUUAUGGUUA